AUGGCCGAACCAACAAACACGCCCAUGCCCCCCAGCACCCCCAUCUCGGCAACCCCACGGUCCAUGUCCCCGGUCCCGCCGCCAGUUCCCAGCUUCCCGACCCCAUCCGCCUCGGCUAUCGAUCUAGCCUCCACCUCCUCGUCCACCUCUCCACCGGGACCCAGGAAACCGAUCAUCCUCCAUAUCGGCGACCCCAUCAAAUACAACCCCACCACCUACGCCACCCUAACCCGGCUCUUCGAUGUCGUCCGCCCCUCCGAAUCCGAACGCCACCGCCCCGAAUUCAUCCUCUUCGCCAGCGCCGGCGCUGGGUUCGACUGGGCCGAUACCAAAGCUCUCGGCGAGCGGGGGAUCAUCUACUGCAACGGCGGGCUCGCAGCUGCCGAGGCAGUCGCCGACUUCGCUGUCGCCAUGGUGAUUUCCACCUUCCGCUCCUUACCAUUCUGCAUCGGCGCCGCAUCAUCAGGAAGCGCAGAGAAAUUCGCCGACUGCCACGCCAACGCGACGGCCGUGAGCCGAAAUCUACGAGGCCACAAGCUAGGCCUGGUUGGGCUGGGCAACAUCGGGCAGCAGAUCGCGACGAAGCUGCGCGUAGCUUUCGGCAUGAACAUCCUGUACUUCGACAUUCUCCGCAAAAGCCACGAGGUGGAGAAGGCGCUCGGCGCGCAAUUCUGCUCGAGCAUGGAGGACGUCAUCCGCGCGAGCGACUGUGUGGUCUUGUGCACGCCGUCGGGCGCGGGGAAGGUUAUCAAUGCGACGAGUUUGGGUUGGUUCAAGCCCGGCGCAAGGUUUGUGAAUAUCGCGCGGGGAUCGCUCGUCGACGAGGCCGCCCUGGCGGAUGCGUUGGAAGAGGGGAGGUUGAGCUCCGUUGCGUUGGAUGUGCAUUCCGAUGAGCCGCAUGUUGAUAAGCGGCUGUUGGCGCUGGCCGGGUCGAGAGCGCUGUUGACGUGUCAUAACGCAGGGGGCACGGUGGAGACGCAUAUUGGGUUUGAAGAGUUAAGUAUGAGGAAUAUCAUGGCGGUUUUGGGCGGUAAGGAUGCCAUUACACCGGUGAAUUUGCAGUAUUUGCAGAAGUCGUGA